CAUGACGGCUUGAGCUCAGCUUCAGCUGAAGAGCAAGCCGACAUCAGCUGAGUUGGCACGAAGUACCAUCCUUGUACCUAAAAUACAGGACUUUAUCAGCACGUAAAAUUUAACAAUAGCAUUUUUCAAACUUGCGUUUAACUGUUAAGUCAAGGAAAUAACUGCCAUCUGUCGUAACCAGAGAAACAAGCGAGAAGCAAAGGAGAAAUAACAGUGCAUCAAACCCGGCAAACAAAGAGGUCCUUUUUUCAACGACAACAUUUUUCCUCCAUAUUCUAUAGUUAUGAGUCAUGUGGCCGUCGAAAAUGUCCACGGUCUAGAGCAGCAGCUCGCUGUCCUAGACUUGAGUGCAGCGGACGGACAAGGUGGAGGCACUAACAGGCGAUACAUUCCUCCACAUUUACGGAACGACGCUUCCAAAAAUGUAGGAAAUGCCUUCGCUGCUGGUCGACAAGGUGGCUACACCAUUGCGCCCGCAGCCAACUAUGGUUGGGACGGGGGGCGCAACAACUUUGUAAAUGGCUACCAUGACAACCGCAUGACUGCUGGCAACACAUUUAACCGUGGCCCACCCCGCAUGGAGCGGGGCCGAGGUGGCGUCGGAGGAGGUUACCGCGGCAACAGGGGCGGCUCCUUCAACCCCAUCAACCCAGCGCAGCCAAUGGGCUUCGCUGGCUACGAAAAUAAAGACGCCGGUGGCUGGAACACUGCCAAGGACGCCUAUAGCAGUUUUGGUAACAACCGAGGGAAGUCUGCGUUCUUCAAUGACAGAGGCAACGCUAAUAGAGGGAGGUUUGAUCAUGGUGGAUUUGGUGGUGGCGGUGGAGGAGGAGGAGGAAACAGCCGCUGGGUGGAAGAGUCCAGAGAGGAAGGAGACUGGUCCAAACCAACACCACGUAAUGAACGCCUUGAACAUGAGUUGUUCUCAGGCAGUAACACUGGGAUCAACUUCGAGAAAUACGAUGACAUUCCUGUCGAGGCCACAGGACAAAACUGCCCUCACCACAUCGAGAGUUUCCAAGAUGUGGACAUGGGUGAGAUUGUCAUGGGUAAUAUUGCCCUAAGUCGCUACACUAGACCAACCCCUGUCCAGAAAUAUGCCAUUCCUAUUGUCAAGGCAAAGCGAGACCUUAUGGCCUGUGCACAGACAGGUUCUGGGAAGACUGCUGCGUUCCUGCUGCCAAUUCUCAGCCAGAUCUACACUGAAGGACCAGGAGAAGCUCUUAACGCAGCUAAAGCAUCUGGACAGGAGAAUGGAAAGUAUGGGCGCCGUAAGCAAUACCCCAUCUCACUGGUAUUGGCUCCAACCAGAGAACUGGCACUACAGAUAUAUGAUGAAGCCAGGAAGUUUUCCUACCGGUCCAGAGUGCGUCCCUGUGUUGUGUAUGGCGGAGCAGACAUUGGCCAGCAGAUCAGAGAUCUGGAGAGAGGCUGCCACCUGCUGGUGGCAACACCAGGAAGACUGGUGGACAUGAUGGAAAGGGGCAAGAUUGGACUGGAUUACUGCAACUACCUGGUGCUGGAUGAAGCAGAUCGUAUGUUGGACAUGGGAUUUGAACCACAGAUAAGACGCAUCGUUGAACAGGACACCAUGCCGCAUAAAGGAAUCCGACAAACCAUGAUGUUUAGCGCAACCUUUCCUAAAGAGAUCCAGAUCCUGGCCAGGGAUUUCCUGGAGGAGUACAUCUUCCUGGCAGUGGGCAGAGUUGGUUCCACCUCAGAGAACAUCACUCAGAAAGUGGUGUGGGUAGAGGAGAGCGAUAAGAGGUCGUUCCUCCUGGACCUGCUCAGUGCCACAGUCAUCCCCAGCGAGGUACAGGACAAUACGGGAGACAACAUAGAGAAACCUGGUAAGGACUCGUUGACUCUGGUUUUUGUGGAGACCAAGAAAGGCGCUGACGCCUUGGAGGACUUCCUGUAUCGGGAGGGCUACGCCUGCACCAGUAUCCAUGGCGACCGCUCCCAGAGAGACCGAGAAGAGGCCCUGAGCCAGUUCAGAUCAGGAAAAUGCCCCAUUCUGGUGGCCACAGCGGUAGCAGCUCGGGGUCUGGACAUCUCCAAUGUGAAACAUGUUAUUAACUUUGACCUGCCCAGUGAUAUAGAGGAGUAUGUCCACCGUAUUGGACGUACCGGACGAGUCGGAAACCUGGGACUGGCCACAUCGUUCUUCAAUGAUAAAAAUGGGAACAUUACUAAGGACUUGCUGGACAUCCUGGUUGAGGCCAAACAGGAGGUUCCCUCAUGGCUUGAGAGCUUGGCGUAUGAACACCAGCACAAGAGCAGCAACAGAGGACGCUCAAAGAGGUUUUCUGGAGGUUUUGGAGCGCGUGAUUAUCGCCAGACAGCUGCAGGAGGCACCGCUGGAGGGUUUGGAGGACGUGGAGGUCGCAACCAGGCAGGACAUGGAGGCCCCCGUGGCUUUGGAGGAGGUGGUUUUGGCAACUUCUACACCAGUGACGGCUACGGAGGCAACUACUCGCACUCUCAAGUUGACUGGUGGGGCAACUAGGUUACUCCAUUUCCUCAAACACUCAUCCUUCUUUCUUCUUCUCUUUCAUCCUCCUUUCUCUCUCCACACUGUUGUCUGCACCACAUCUGCCCCCCCCAUUAACCCCAACAGCCCAUGUGCAUGUUAUUAAACUAUUUAUGCUCAUUUAUAUAGCCCCCCUUCCAUCCCUGUGCACUCAGAUCUUUUAAUUCAUCCUUAGAUAUUUCUUGUCCUUUCCAUCUCCACCCUCGUCCUUACAGUCCCCAUCCUUUCUUCUUUUGAUUUCUUAAUUUCUUUCUUUCUUAAACAAGGUCACAUUAUAAAGGGAUUGUUCAAUUUGUGUUGGUUAUUUCUCAACACUCGCCACAGAUUUACUUGUUAGCUUCCAGCUAGCAACAGCUUUUGGUUUCAGUGAGGACAUUUUGAACUAUUUUCCCUCUGUGGCAAGUGCUUGAAGAAAAUUAACCAUGUAAAUUAAAGUUCUGAGAGUUCAUUUAACCCCCUAAGAUUAGAUGGACAUGGAUCUACAGUGAGUAAAGUCUUACAAAACAGCUGUAGAAGACAAGGGGGAAAUCCAUUUUUUUUCCUUCACUUUCGGCUUCAUUGUGUUUUUGUCUGCGUUCACCCAAAGCCAGCCAGGCGUCCUGUCUACCUUCACAUGUCAUCUUUGUAUGUAUCGCAUGGCCAUAUUGUAAAUCACCUGCCAAAAACUUUUCUUAAAUAUAGCGCAGAGAAAGGCAAGAUGUCAAAUCUGAGCAAAAUAUGUCUGCAUAUAAAUUCAAAAAUGGGAACUGGCUGAAGCUUCUUCACUUGACGACAUGACAGAUACUUAAAAGCAGCCACAGAAACAGAAAUGUUUUUUUUAUUUUUUCACCUUUUUAAAAACAUAUUGAAGUAUUGAUUUACCGGGAUCUGAGAAAGGUGUCUAACAGAGACAGAAGGGACAAGGGGCUGGAUAAACUGAAACAUCCAGUCAGUGGGACGCCAGCAGAUGUCGUCGCCCAUUAGCAAUGAUGCUAGCAAAUAGUCUUUGGACUUGUGGUUGUUAAUGUCACAACUACAAACAGCAUUUUCUUUGUUUGAAACAAAAAAUGGAGGGUCAUUUGUUUCUGUACUGUGCCUUUAAGAAUUUGAACUUUGUCUCUUAUUUCCGUUGUUUUUAUUGCCAUAAUAAGUAACUGGCUACAAGUAUUGGCCAACUGUGACUAAAAAAUGAGUAUUUAAUGUCAUGUAUGGGUUAAAACAUGUUUUUCUUUAUUUCUAUUUGGAUGGAAACAAACUAGGCUUGAACUAAAUCAAACCUUGGCAAAAAAAAAAUAAAAACUAAACAAAAACUGCGAUGAGGAAACUCAAAGCAAUUUCUUAUCCGUCUAUUGGAUUUCAAAUUUCUCAGAAGGUCUCUAAUGAGCUGAUUCCAAAAAGCAUAAUACCACUGUAAUCAUAUUUAAAGAUUCUUUUGAUAUACCCUCAUCCAAAGUGACUAAAAUGGGUCAAUAAGAGAACACUUUUGCCUCGUUCAAAGUUGCAUUAAUUACUAAAUAAUACCUCCUAUCUUUACUAGCGGAGAUAACUGCUGUGGUUUUAUGCUUUUUGAAAACCAAGUCCUACUAAUUGACCUAUAAGUCACAUCUACAGCUCUGGUUUGAGCUCGAGUCUGGGUUUCUCAAGGCCAUCUUGUCACUAAUUGUUGGGUCACAUUAUGUCCGUCACAGAGCCACUGAGAAAGAAUUGGGUGUAUCCGUGCAGCAGCAAUCAUGUUAUAUUACAGCUACUAAUCAAUCAGAUAUGCGAUUGCAAAUGUAGGUAUGUUCCUGAAACCUUGCAAUCAUAACAGUUUCAGUGUCAGUUCUCUAGGGUAAUAUUAGCCAAAAUGAAAUAUAUUCACAGCCUGAUAAUUAUCUAUGCUUGUGCUCUUUUGUACUUGUGACCACAUCUAGCAGUGGUGUCAAAGCAAGGAGUAGCAACAUUUUUGGGGUGUAAAAAUUAAAACCACUAUAUGGCUGCUGCUAAAACAACAGUUACCAAAUUGUAUCACUGGAUGUGGCUGUUCCACUGACUCUUAGUGCCACCAUGCUCUUGGGAAACUGGCUCCGCUUCCACCUCAAACAUUGAAACCCUUGUUUGCCAAAAGCUUCUUUCAAGGGGGAUACACAACUAAAAGGCUAAAAGAGUUCAAAAUGUUCUUGCUCACUCUAUCCUGGAGAGUUACAUGAAGAGUCUUCUCUAAAAUAAGUCAUUCCAGUUUAUUCGUUGGGUCUUUAAGAUCUGUCGAGGUCAGGGAUAAAAGUAAAGAAUUGGAUAAUCUAUAAGCCUAACCUAUCACAGCAGGGACAGCUGGGGCUUUCUAGAGGAUAUGCCACUCCUUCAUAGCACAUUUUAACCAUGUCCUGUCUUACAGUACUUUGAGAAAAUCAGGCACUAUUCCAGCCGUGUCCAUAGGACAGGACCGGCUGGAAAAGGCACUACUUCCUUGGAUUAUGUGUUGGAGGUUUAAGAUGUGCCCAAACUUUGCUCUUCUCACUCACGGACGAAAUGGAACUAGUCAGCUCCUGCUUAAGCUUGCUGGUGCAUACAUUCCUAUUCUUCCUAGUGAUUCAACAUAUACAAGCUUCAUUGUUUUCUGUUUCUCAAUGGCUUUGUAAUGAAGUCCAUUUCUCUGUUGCAAUGUUUCAAAGUACUCAGAUGACACAAAAAGCACAGACAUUUCCAACUUUUAAAGGCAGCAUGCCACAUUUUUCCAAGUAAGCUUUUUACUCCAGCAGGCUCUUGACACGUGGAGUUGUGGACUGAUGCUGUUAUUCUCUUUCUUAUUAUGAACUUGCGACAGCACCACAGAAAAAGCACGACACUUUCCGCCUACUAUACCUCGACUACUACUUCUGUAUGUAUGUGUUGUCAAAUGACGCCUUGGCUUGCAUCGUUUCAGUUAAGCCCGGCUAGGAAUGUUAAAAAGAUACUUAGCUCAGCAUAGUUGUAAGAUAUAGGACAGGUAAAGUGUGCUAGUGUUAAAGUGGCAUAACAGAACUGUAUAUCGUGUUCCAACAUAUUUUUUUGACGUAAUCCUUGGUUAGCCCUGCCUGGCACUGCUGUGGAACCAGGCUCCAAGGGGCAGUUGACCUGCACCCAGGAUGUCCAUGUUUCACCCCUGAUUGAUCUCCUAAAAGGAACUCCACUGUACAUUUGGACAGUUCAGUGGCAGAGCUCCAAUCCCCCACUGUGUUAAUUAGCAGCAGCAGAAUAAUUAAAAAUAAAAAAAUGCUCUGUUGCUACCUGGUGGGGGGGGGGGAUCGUUAUUUUUCAUCAGGAUCUUAAUUUGUUUUGUUUACUUGAACAACUUUAGUGAAAUAAAAAUAUAGAUUCAAUGUAAAUAGUUCAACUCUUCUUAAAACCAAAAGAGAAGAAUCUCCACUGAAAAAGAAUGUGAAUUGUAAAUGAGAAUAAUUAAAUGUGAAUUAUAAGUGGAACAACACUUGAUGUGUAAAAUAUUUUGUUUGAUCACUCUACGUUGGACCAGGCAGUGUCUGGUUAGCUUAGUUCAGUGGGCAAUUUGAUUGGCAGAUUUAUUCUUUAAAGAUAUUAUUUAAGGAAACUGCAUGUUUACACAUACAUAAACCAGUAAAGCCAAUUUAUUUACCAAUUAAUGCUCACAAGGAAGAUCUCAAAUUGCCCACUGGCUUUGGCUUUGACAAAUGACAAGGCUGGACCAAGACAAUAAAACAUAUGCAAGUGUUGUUGUUUUUUGGUCAAGGAGUUAAAAAGAAAACGCCAAGCAAAUAAAUACAAUUCUACAGCAGGCUUCAGUUAUGUUAGAACUCUCUGAUAUUUCCCGUCUUCUAUGAUUUUUAGACUACUUUUUGAUCACAGGUCAUGUUUGGGUCAAACGUAUUUCCCUUGAGUACAGUUAAGGUUUUAGGAAACUAGUUGGCUUUUGAAGAGUUUCAGGCUGAGUGAGUGAUGCUGGAGGACUCGGGAUUCAAGCAGACAGCAGGUCACGUGCAAACUAGCCUUUUGGUAUCUUAGUGAAAAUCCACCAACUUAUUGCGUUUGUUCACCUUGUAGUGGUUAAAAUGAUGGGCCAGUAAAAUGGCAUUUAAAGGGAUGUUGCUACGUUUAAGGACAGUUGUCAGUGUUAGAAAAAAAUGGGCAGACGCAGCACACUGUCCAACUGCUCCCCAUGGCCACUUCAAAAUGAACCAAAAACAGAAAAUUAUUUUGCAUUUUCUUUCGUUAAAGUGUGGUUCAGCAUUGUAUAAUUCAGGCUAAACUACAAUGAGCACCAGUUAAAACAUUAAAUAAAUUGUUGACCAGAACUGUGUUUUAGGUGUCCCAAUAGAUAAUUUUAGCCAUUUAACCAAUCAAACAUUUCGGUGGGCAUGAUUUGAAUAACACUUUAAUUUCUCCUGCAGCAAUGGUGGAUAGUCUCCAUCUUAGAUUUAUUACAUGAACUGUUGAAGACAAUAAGUUAAAGAUAACCGUGCAAAAGACAAUCAAUUAUGAAGGAUUUUUUUUUUACUCACUUUAGUUGCACUUUUUUAAUAGUCUUGGGGACACCUUUACAUGUAGCAAUUUUCUUAACCAGCUGUCAAAUUGGCAGUUUUUUUGAGAACUGUCAAAUUUUAAUGCACAUCCAACUACUGUCCUCCAUCAUGGGGGAGAAGGAUCUGCAGAGGCAGAUAAAUGCCAAACUGAAGCUCAUUACCUUCCAGAUGAAGAUACACUCUGCUUUUAUUACAGCAACCAGUGGUGUCCUUCAAUCUCAAAGUUUCCACCCAGAUAUUUGUUGUUUUGGAGCUCAAAGCAGAUGAAUACAUUCGUGAGGCACUGUUACAAAAUCAGUCUAUCUUUACAUAUUGACUAAAUAACACAAUUUUAAUGCCUGAAUUGUCAACUGACAUUGUCAUAUAUUCCCUCUGUGAGAGGUGAUAUUGUCAGCAUUUGUUACUUGAAUCCAUGACAAAUGCCUACCACAAACUUAGUAUGCAGUCUUUUGUGUUUUAUAAGUAUGCGAUAAUGCCUUUCCUGCAGCCUAAACUCAAAUGCACACUUAUAAGAAGGAUAUACAGUGAGAGGCGAAGCCACUUGAAUGAAUCUGGUUCAGUGUGUAGACGUUGCUGUGCCUUCUAACAGCCACUAGGGGGCAGAUAGAAUAAUUUGAAUAAAUGAAGGAAUUACUUUUUUUGUUCCUAGCAUUGUUAAGAAUUGCUGAUGGGAUACAAGAUAUGAGCUAAUUGUUGACUGCUGAUAGGAAUUGAGGAGUUACACAGCAGGGAAUCAAGGAAGGUCAAACUGAAGUUUACCUCACUUUUCAUCUUGUUUAUAGAGCAAUCUCAUCAAGUAGUGUUGUUCAGAGUACACACAUGUAUAUAUGCAAUGUAUUUAAAUCUUUUUCUAGGGCAGCUCUAUCUGUCAGCUCUAAUUACUAUUGAACUGUGUUGGAGCAAAACUUUACUACCACUGUGCCCCAAACCCCCAUCCCACCUCAUCAAAAUGCCCCCUGGGCACUGAACUUCCUGCAGUAAGUCCGAUCAAUAUCACUUACUUGUGGCUUGCUUUCACUUCACUUCUUCUGUUCUGUUGAGGCCGUUUUCUGUCUGUGCUCCGUUAGGAUUUGAGCACAAACUGGCACAAAAGGAAUUCAGCCCAAAUUCUGACAUGUGCGCGGUGCCUUGAAAUGACUGAAUCUUGUUAGUUAGGGCUGGGUAUUUUUCAAUACAGAUGAAAAUAUAGUAACAGAUAAAAGUAAAUGACAUAGUGGGCGUGCAUGUGACAUCGCCGUACAUGGAAGUCACCGCGGUCAUUCACCCCAGAAUGACAAACACACAUGUUCAGCAUAGCAGUGAUAACCCAAUUGAAACAUUGCUUAAAGCACUGUGUUAAUGUUUUAAGAGCUGUUGUGUCGAUCAAUGCCACAAACCGAUUCAGAAACAACUCAGGCAGAAGUUUUUACUGACUGACAAAGGCUGAGAAGACAUGACACCUGGAUUCCUGGUGCUGAAACUUGGAUUCCUAUGUAGUUGCCAUUUUGUAUCGUCAUUGUUACUAGAGUAAAAUUCCCUGUCAAUUCUGUUGGCCUUUUUUUUUAGCAAUGCUAGCAGCAGGGCUCUAUGGCUGUAGGUCAGUCACUUGGUCUACUACAGACUGAAAUUUGUAAGAGGAUGAAUCUUAAUGACCCCCGAUGUUCCUUCUAUCGCCAUCAUUAGGCAUAAUUUAAAUUUGUCCAAUGCCAUUACCAUCAGCCUCAUCUGUAGUUUGUUUUACCGCUAGUUAGCAUAUGUUAGCGUGCUACCAUGCUAAACUAAGAUUGUUAACAUGGUAAACAUUACCAGCUAAAUACCAGCAUGGUAACAUUGUCAUUGUGAGCAUGUUAGCAUGCUGGUGUUAGACUAUAGUCUGAAACAGCUCGCAUGGCUAUAGAUGCUCUUGCUGUAAGUCUUGUUCAAGGUGAUUUGUUUUUCUCACUGUAUUGCAGCGCUUCCAUUCAUUGAAGCUAUACCAGUUUAUUUUUGCCACUCAGCAGUGUAGGGGGGUAUCAUGUGAAUAAAUACAUACCCUCUACAGUAAAUGAGUUUAAAUGUAACAUUUGUUUUAACCAUCAGCUUUACUUAAAUCAGAAGUAGACUGCUCAGUUUACUUCAUCUGAAAGAAAAUCAAAGUUCUCAUUUAGAAAUCCAGCACUUUAGUUUUUGGUUUUUGAAUAUUUUCAAAACCUUUCGAUGCCUUAAAUUCAAGGGUGAUACCCAGCCCUAAUGGAGCAGAUAGUGAAGUUGGUUACACUGUAUACAGCAUUAUCAUGGAAAAUGAUUCUGCAUCACUACAGUAACUAACUUACCAGCAGGAGUGCUUCGAUUGUCAGUGAACAAUUAAUGGUGCUAUGCUCCCAUUGCUGCGGCCUGCAGGGCCCUCUUCUGUAGAAAGACUUCAAAUCCCACCGAGUUUUACAGAAAAUACUUUGGUUACUUAGUUUAAUGUUCAAUUUAAGUCUUCUCUAAUACAUUUCCUUCAAAACCUCUGAGAGGUAUGAAGGAGUGAGUGAGUGUGUUUGAAGUGUAGUGUAGCCAGGGUUCAAAGAGAGGCUUCUCCACAGUUUUGUGUGUGUGUGUUUGUAUGUUUUAUGGAAAGGUUCUUCCAGAUAUGAAACAGUUUUUUUGUUUUUUUUUGUUUUUGGGACCAGGUGGAGUUCUAGUUAACAGCAACCGUAAACUUCAGCUGAAAUUCAGCUGUUUGCACACAGAGUUCUCGAGUCUACUUUCGCUGCUAGUUUGUGUAAUUUAUCAAGCCUUUUUGGGAAAUAUUUAUUUUUAUAAGCUUAAUACGAAAGUUGAUAUUUUACAAAGUGACUUGACCAAAAGACAGUAAACAAAAACACUGGCACUUGAAUGUUGAAUGUCAUUGGUAUGAGUGAAAAUUUAUAUUUUUCUGGGGUAGUGUGAGCUUUUUAAUGUUAAAGAUGCAACGUGUAGGGAUUUCUCUUAAAAUAUGUCACUGUAAGAAGCUGUGAUUACAUGAAAAUGCAAAAAGGUCAAAAAUCAAACCGCACUAGUGCUCCAGAUAUCUGCAAGUCAGAAAUCCAAAUACGCCAAUCCUCUGUGUAAGGCCAACGCAAAGCAAGCCAGAUCCCCUGACUUUUCAAGUUGCGAUGGCAAAAAUGAUUUCCAAUUCACCCAAUCCCGGCAACAUCGCAUUUAUUCCGCAAAUCUGAUCAAUCACUGUAGUUUCCGACCAAUUUUACCAAUCAUAGCAAUCCCGUGAUUUUCACUUUCUCCCGCAAUUCCAUUGCAAAAAAAUGCCUAAAAACAUCGCAGCAUGCAUCGCAUCUUUCUUUAGAAAUCAGGUACACAACAAUCCCCCCAAAAAGGCCUGCGAAACCUUGGCGAGACUCUUCAUCAGGUGAAAAGUGCCGAUUAUCCCGUAUUUUGGCUUUCAUUUCAAAUAUCGCAAUACUCAAGUGUAUCAAUAUUUUCUUACACCCCUAAUGGUGUUGCAUGACGCCACAGAGUGAAGCACUGACAGCAACCGUGACAUAUUACGAGAAACAUCCUACACGGGUUACCUUUAAAGUCACAUUGGACUCAGUAUCAGAUCCACAAACCUGUUUGUGCGACAGGUUCCAUUGCCAAUAAUGAUAAUCAACCGCAAACAGCCAUUUUUAAUUGGCAAACAAAAUUUGAGACAAUACCACCAUAUAUGCCAAGGUUUGGAUUAAAAAAUAAUGUAAACGUCAACGAUCAAAGACCAUUUUGUAAAAAAAAGAAACAUGCAGUACAAAAAACAAGUGUCCAGAUUCUCUCCAAGUCUGUUGUUGUUUUUUAUUUUAACUUUUUCAUUUGAGUCUUUACACUUUUUUCCUUCCCGGUAAUACCCUUGUUGUGAAUGUCUGGCAAGUGGUGAUCUUUAAAGUCUUCAUAACACAGAAUUAACUGUGGUUCUACUGCUAUGUUGUUGUGAUUUGCAUAUUUUCAGGCGUCAGUGUGUUGAUGCUCAUUUGGGGGAGCUUCUGGCCAAUCAGAAAUGGGGAAAAGACCACCUGAUGACGUCCGUCCAGGUGUCUUUACAUUAGUCUUUAUCUGUCUCUUGCAUGAGAAUAUGAUAUUGCAGCUGUUUGUAUAGUCACUUGUAUUUUUACUGUAGGUUCACUUAGCACAGACAUUCUGCAGUUAUACUGGCACAACAAAUCUGUGUCCAACAGUAGUAGCCUCAAUGGACCAGAAUGCAAUGCAAUCCCAGCAAAGCCAAUGACAGAUCAUAGAUAUGGUACAUCAUGAUCAUGACUUUACUGCCUUUUGUAUGCAGACACUUAACUUUGCGACAGUAAGUUUAUUGCUGCAUUCUGGGAAACAAAUAAAACACUGACUUCAUUUUACAUGUGAUUCAAUAAACUUAAGAGGGUUAUUACAAAAAAAGUGUGUAGUCGUAUUUAGGAAUGAUUGCUGUUUAGUAAUUGAGUUAAUAUGAAAUGAAGCCCAGUGUUGUUGCCAUUACUGACUGGCCAGACCCCUGAAUGUGGACACGCAGCACCUCCAGCCUGGUAGUUAGUAUUUGCUUUAUGUAUUAGUUUAGCAGUUGUGCACGAAGAGGAGCACUGCACGAAGAAAAGAAAAAAAAUGUGCAUCUAUUCUGAUUUUACCACAAAUAAAGGUUUGAAUUUGCAAAUGUAAUAA